AUGUGUUGUAACUACGGGAACACCUGUGGCUAUAGCUGCGGCUAUGGCUCAGGCUAUGGCUGUGGCUAUGGCUCCCGUUGUGGCUGUGGCUAUGGCUCAGGCUGUGGCUGUGGCUAUGGCUAUGGCUCAGGCUGUGGCUGUGGAUAUGCUUCAGGAUGUGGCUGUGGUUAUGGCUCAGGCUGUGGCUGUGGUUAUGGCUCAAGCUGUGGCUGUGGCUAUGGUUCAGGAUGUGGCUGUGGCUAUGGCUCCCGUUGUGGCUAUGGCUAUGGCUCAGGCUGUGGCUGUGGUUAUGGCUCAGGAUGGGGCUGUGGAAAAGGCUCCUGCUGUGGCUUUGGAUAUGGCUCUGGCUCUGGCUGCUGUGGCUACCGGCCACUUUGCUACCGAAGAUGUUAUUCUUCUUGCUGCUAG